AUGAAGCGCUCUAUUCCAGAGGCGCUUCGGGGCUCUAUUUCUGAGGGUCAAAGUGCAAAGAAAUUCCUUGAGGAAAUUGAGCAAUACUUUGCCAAAAAUGAAAUAGCAGAGAUGAGUAACCUUUUGCCUAAACUCAUCUCCAUGAAAUAUAAAGUCAAAGGGAACAUAAGGGAGUACAUUAUGGAGAUGUCCAAUCUCGCAUUGAAACUAAAGUCACUUAAGUUAGAACUUGGUGAUGACAUGCUCGUGCACUUGGUUUUGAUCUCGCUUCCUACACACUUUGGGCAAUUCAAAGAGAGCUAUAACACUCAGAAGGACAAAUGGUCCCUCAAUGAGCUUAUAUCUCACUGUGUGCAAGAGGAAGAGAAGCUGCAGAGAGAUAGGACUGAAAGUGCUCACUUGACUUUGACCUCUCAAAAUAAGAAAAAGGAGAAGACUAAGGGUGCUGCGGAAGGGACUUCUCAGCAAAAGAAACAAAAGAAGGAUGAAGAAAUUACCUGUUACUUCAGCAAGAGUCAAGACACAUGA